GGACUGGGUGGGCUGAUCAUGGAGAGAGCGGUAAAUGCCCAGGACUUCGUCACCUGGAAGUCUUUCUGUGCUCCUGCCUUGAGAUGCAGCUUUCAGCCAAGAGCCAGUCAGUGGCAGGCUUUUGCCACUCUGGCAUUUUAAGUGCUUGCCUGGCUCUCUAAAGUCCUUCCUUGUUGGCUUGGAAUUCUUAUCUUCCCGCCCAUAGGGGUUCUUUGCUGCCUUAGGUGAAAUUGCCCCCAAUGAACCUGAACCUUUUGUUAAGGUACAAUAGGAAGUCUGUCCCCUUAGACAGAAAGGAAUGCUAAUUGGUUGAUUAUCUGUCCUCAAGAUCGGGAUGCCCAGAACAUACAGACACCCAUUCUUUGUUACAGGUUAGAUGCAAAGUGCUUCCGUGAGCUGGUAAAGCUUUGGUCCAGAUAGGAGGAGAGAGUUUGUGGAAGGUCAGAGAUUGGUGGCCUGCAAAUGCUGUAUUUUCUAUGUACAGAGGUAGCCAUUUAACUUCAUGGUCCUUAAACUGACUUUUUCUAGACCUGUGAUCAUUUUCCACCCCUCCCUCCCUUCCAGCUCCCAACAGGGCAAGAGUUAUAAAUGUGGUUAAGACUGAAACACGGGGAAGUUCCUUUUCGAGCCCGUAUUGUAUGGUAUCUUGCUAGGAAAUGUAACAUUGGAGUUGGAGCCAGCACUGCCUCUCCCAUGGAAUGUCCCCCGCAUUGCCCUGUUUACCCUUCACAUGUUCUCCAACAUUAGUGACAUUGUUUUAUCUCCCUGGCCAGUGACUCAUAAUUAAGGAAGUCAAAACCGUGCAAUUAACACAAAACCUCCUUACUUGCCCUCUUCACCUCUGCCCGCCCCCCCCCCCCCCCCCCCCGCAAAUGCCCUAGACACGAACACCAGCCCGAUGUUUUCUAGAAGUCUUUGGAAACUUUGAUGUGUUUUGAUAGAAUGAGGCAGCCGGUUAUUAUCACCAUCACCUGGUUCCACUUGUUUAACCCCAAAUGUCUGUGAGAAUCUUCUCAAAAAAAAAGAAGAAAAAUGAAAGAAGAAAGACAAUCCCACCCCUAAACGUGCAGUCUGCCCACAGGAAGUGAUUCACGGGGCUCUAUUCAUGCAAACCUGAUGGGGCAGGAGGUGGGAGGCUGGGAACUGGGUCUGGGAAAAGACGGCCCGGAGAGGAUACUCAGACCUUAAUGGUUUCUGCUUUGUGGAAGAAAGUGAAAAACAGAAUGACUAAGAGUCCUGUAAUAAGAAUUGUUUGUUUAGUGAAGUGAGCUAAUAUUGAAGUUCACUGGCAGAUAAGACAGGGGAAAUAGCAGUUGUCAGGGGAGGUGACUUUCUGGUGCCCUGCCCUUUUUAUUUUUUAAGGAGCAAAGAUAUUUCUCAGUCUUAAGGCAUUUAUUAGUGGAAGGUCAAGAUCUGUACUUGAGCACCCCCCCUCCUGCCCCCAUCCUACUCCCUCUUACCCGCCUCCCCCACAUCGUACCCUUUGCAGAGACAAGGGUCUAAGCCAAGGUAAUUAUCUAAUAGUCUUUUUCUUUUCUUUUUGCCUUUUCCCCCAAAGUUAGAUUUUGGAGGCUAGUAAAGAUCUUUCUUUCCCUAACUGGUCAUUUUUGUUUCCCCACCUGGAACAUCACAUUAUCCUAGAGACAAGGAAUCCUUUCUGUUCUGGUUGUUUCUGUCCUGUAGAUAGAGAUUGGCAUUUUAUUUUUAUUUUGUCUUUUCCUGAAUUGAAAUACAAAUCCAUCCGUUUCCCAAAAGCAAUUUGGGAACAGAGCCUACAAGUGUUGGUCAUGUUAACAGCCCUGCUGUAGGACAGGGCUGUAGGAGGGCCCAAGGCCCGAAGCACCCAAGAGAUUAGGAAGAGGUAUCUAAACACACCUGGAUUUAUGAUUCUGUUUCAAGUUCCCUGUAUUUCAUGAGGUGAGCUUUGGGGGUGGGGGUUGUAACAAAAGUUGGGCUGAAAUGGGCUUUUUGCCUUAAGCCCAUCGGAACAUUUCCAAGGGCUGUGAGUGUCCGGAAAGGUCUGUGAGUGAUCUCUUUAAAAACAAACAAAUGAUCUUCAGGCUUAAUUCCACUCGGAGUGAAUGUUAACUGGCAGGGUGAAAUGGUGAUCCAGAAAGUUCUGUGAAUCCUGGGAACUACUCUUUUCCCUUCUUCCAGUAACCAGAGACCAACCCAGAUCUCUAGCCUCUUCCAAUUGUGACCUAAAGUCUCUGGGAUCCUGCUGAUCCCCAAGAAAAAGCACCCCUACCCCGUCAAGCUGGUGCUUGGAGAAAAAAAAAGCUUUCGAAAACGAAGGGUGUUAAAUAGAUUUCCAAAGAAACCUCCUCCUCCCCUAAGACUUAACUACUUUCUUUGUGUGGAGGAAGAGAGGGAACAAGGACAGCUGUCUCAUCAGAGCCCACGGAGAAUCUGAUCAUUCUAACAGGGUGCACAUUGUGUUUUGAGAUCAUAGGAGCUGGGUUUGGGGUGUAACAGCCAGAUUCAAUGCCAGGCAUUGCUGCUUGCCUCUCUAGGUAACUUUAGGCAUAUCCCCCAACAUCCCAUGAACCUUUUACCUGUAAAGUGAGAGGAUACCCACCACACAGGAGGGAGAAGUGCCAGGUAGACACCUGCUCUGAGCUGUGAAUUGUUUCUGUCCCCCACCCCAACCAAUGCCAGAGCAUUUCUGUAACCCACAAGUUCUCAAGGGACCCAGAAGAGUGAAUUCGCCCCCAGGGGGACAUUGAGCAAUAUGUGGGGACACUUUUGGUUAUCACAACUGGGGCUGGGAGCGGCAUCUAGUGGGUAGAGACCAGGAAUGCUGCUAAACAUGCUACAGUACACAUAAUAGUUCCCACCCCCCCCACCCCCAACGAAUCAUCUGGCCCCAAACGUCGGGAGAGCUGAGGUUGAUAAACAGUAGGGCUCGCCUUCCAGCCGCAUGUUGAAAAGGUCUUGGUGUACGUGUGCUUUACAGAUGAUCAUAAUUAAGCUGAGCUCUUUCCAUAAAUCAGCCUUCUGUUUUUCCCAGGAAGUGCACAUUCUGUGCCCACCCUUGGCCCCUGGGGAGGAAGGAAGCCCUGAGGUCCUGAUGAUCUCCAUGUGUUUCCCAUAGGGUCUGGCCCCUCACAGAGGGCAGGCGAGGUGUUCCUCCUCUGAGAGUCUGCCGAGGGUGCUCUUUGAACCUCUGGGGCCCACACGGAGGACUCAUCUGCAAGGGGUACUCCUCACAGACCUGAGCAGACUGCCUUGGAAGACUGGCAGGGAGAGGGGAGCCCUAGAUACAGUGCAGAGAAGUGGAGACAAGGGUAGCCUCUGCUCUGGGGCAAAGCACUGGGGGCUUUGGCCUGGCAUUUUAUUGGGUGUUCACUGGAUUUGCCAGCCCGAGGCAUCGGAUAUUAUCCAUUUGCAAGUUCAGAUGGAAAUUGAGUUGUUCUUGGUGGAAGUGGUUCAGUGACUGGUGUCAAGGGUUGUGAAAUCCUGGUUUGAACUCCUCAUACGCCAGUCUAACCUGGAUCAUUAAAAAACAUGCUUCUACUUUCAGAACCUACCGAGAACGCUUCUGAAACUGGGUGAGAGCAUGUGGUCCCUGUGGCAGAGCUCAUAACGAAACCUCAGUUAUCCAGAACCUACCCUACCACAGCCUUCGUCUAGCCGGGGUCCUUCUUUACGGCACCAAGUGACGACAACAGGCUGGUGUUGGGAAUGUUUUUUAUUUAAACUCCAACCACCAAAGAAAACUCUGCAAGUGUCUGGGAAUAGUAUAUUCCAUGUAUGGCUCAAUUUUUGGUUUGUUUGUCACUUUUUGUGUCAAUAUAAUGUCAAGCCUCAGAAAGCUGUCGUGGUAGGACAGGAAGUACGGUAUUCUCCCUUCACCAGAGUCAUCAGUUGUGCUGUCCUGCUUUUGGACAUCAGUCCUGAAGAGUGAGACCUUCAGGCCGCUUAAGAUGCAGUUGCAACAAGGAAAGAGUGGCGUUUGAUUGUACUCGACUUCCCAGGGUGGGAAAGUGGACUCCUACACAUUACAGACUUCAUCAGUGGGGAGGCUGGCUCCGGUGAAAUGAAGGUUGGGAAGCCAUCUGCUCACUCUGUGUUCAUUUGCUGGGUGACCUGCAGGUGCUUAAUCCAUCAUUGUGUUUCCUCAGCCAUGAGAGGAAGGGAAUAGACAAGACCCUCUCAAGGCUCCUCAGGUCCCAGCUAUGUGUAGUUCUCCACAGUGGGUUUUCAGGCAGACAUCGACUUAGCCAGAACUUCAGCUGACCAGGACGCUUUGUUCCCUGAGUGUUAGGGCUCUGUGGUUUGUCACCCGCAGCCAGGAGUCUCCGCACAAAACCCCCGGCCGAAGUUCUGCCCAGAACAAAGGAUGCUUUGGUGUUAGCUAUGUUUACCAAAGGGAAUGGAUCCUGGGUGAACCCCCAAAUCAGAUAACCCUCUCAGCAGGAGUGUCUUCUGGGCUUUCUCACUUGCUACUCUGUCAGAUCAUUGUCCUGGGUUGUCCGUGGCACGGAAGAAGGAAGGGCAUGUUCUGAUGGUUGCGUGCUGAGAAGCAGCAGAGAGGGAGAGCUCUCAGGCCAAGUGGAACCAAUGAAAGGGGACUUUUAAAGUCUCCACAAUUCUUUUCUGCCUUCUGAGGUAAAUGGUCUGUUUCUUAGGCGGUCUGCUGAGUGAGCAUAUAACCCAAACUUGAAGUCGCUCAAACCUUGCUUUUAUUUUGCACCAGAAAAACAAAACAAAAAAAGAAAACCCACAUAUAAUGCAAAGCUCAAGGAGAGUAUAGUAUAGGGGCCCCUGGGUGGCUCAGUCACUUGAGCAUCCGACUCUUGAUUUUGGCUCAGGUCACGAUCUCACGGUUUGUGAGAUAAUGCCCCAAGUUGGGAUUCUCUCUCUCCCUCUCUCUCUGCCUCUCCCCCUCUUUCUCUCCCUCUUUCUUUCCCUCUCACUCUGUCUCAAAAUAAGUAAGUAAACUUAAAAAAAAAUAUUUUAUUGCAGGUGAGUAGACACAUGGCUUGAUUGUUGUCAGAAGGAGGUAGGGGAGGCCUCAUCCCACUGGGGCGGGAGGGGAAUGCCUCAAACGUUCAGCUGCAGCACCCAUGUUCAGGGGAGUAAUGGGCAUGGGUGUAGGUUUGUGGUAUAACUAGCAACCCCAAGAUGGGAAAUAAGCCCUUUUUCUUACACUAAGACAUAGCAAAUAUUAGGGGAACAAUGUAAAAGUACAGAAUAAAUUGAGUUGAAAGGGAUACCAAAGGUUUGGUUUUAGGGGUUACUGUGCUAGUUGAGUCACUUCAAAAAGUUAACAUUUGGUUUAGUAAUUGGAGUAAGUCCACAUGUAAUGCAAAUGGAUUCUAAAAGUCUGUAGGUAGGUGGUUCUCCAUAAACAAAACCAAUCCUUCUGAAAUGGUCACCUCUUCUCUUGGUGUCGUAUUCAAGGUCAGGAAAUGGUCCUUAUGCCCCAUUUAGAGUCAAGAAAAGAAGUGUCACACCUUGGGCCUAGGCAAAGUUGGGAAAGCUUGCAAGCACUCUCUCUCUCUCCAUCAGGAUGUGAUGAUAAUGAUACCUGCAAGUUUAUCUCAGUCAGCUAGCGUUGAGUAACAAAUGCUCCAAAAGUUCAGGAGCUUAAACCAACCAUUGUUUGUGCGGACUCAUGCUUCUGUUCCUCGCAUGGGCUUGGUGCCUUGUGCAGGUCUGGUUCUGUCUGUUCCCCCUGUGUUAGGUCCUGGGCCCAGGUGGAGGGGGAGCUCUGCUUGAGGUGAGGUGUGAGAAGAGACCAGCAGAAUCACGUGAUGGCUUUGAUCUCCUUUGCUCCUGUUCUGUGUGCCAAAGCUGGUCCAUAGCCUGGCCCGAGGUCAAGGGCUGAGGAAAUACACUACGCCCACGGUUAGGAGGAGCGGCAGAGCCAUCCAGCAAAGGGCAGGGAUACAGGCAAGGUGACUAGUUCAGUCUGCAGUGGUCAUCGAGGGACCAGCACGGUGCCUGGCAAAUAGUAGUAGUAAUAACUUCUGUCACUAUUGUUGUUAUUACUACUUAAUGGGCAAGUCCAAAAAGAAAAGUUGUCUCUGAAAGAAGCUAGAAAGGUUAGUAUUGUGCAUAUUAAAUAAAAUUGGUUUCAACUGGAAUAGGAUGAUGUCAGUGAAUUUGCUUUCUGUUCACUUCUUUGGCUCAUGCCUGGAAAUGUGACACAUGUGGUCAUGUUCAGUCAGUAUCUGCUGAGUGGUAAGAGGUCAGUUUCCCUGAUUGGCAUGCGGUGUGGGACAGCAGAAAAGGCACUGUUUACCCUCCCUCUCCUCUGGUUCUCAGCACCGGCCUGGGUUUGAAUCCUGGCAGUUCUAUGACUUGAGGCAAGCCCCGUAAGUUCUCUGAGCUUGGUGAAGGCGGGGUAUACUGGCGCGUUGCCAUUUUUGCAUUCUCACAUAAUAGCAGUGUGCCUGGCACAUGGUUGAUGCUGAAUAGAUCUUGGUGUGCUUCUGGAACCUGUGUGCUGUGUUCCCAGUCUUCUCCUGGACCCCCAUGUCCAAAUCCUCUGAUGUUUCAUGCUGUCCCCAGAUGGCUAUGGGUAGCAGAUCACUGGCAACAGGGGAUGUGAACGGCAUGUGGCAGGAGGUGGGCCCGGCCCCACCCUGUCCCCCGGGAAUGCUCUGGCCGUCUCUACCUUACCGUCGGCUCUGGGCUCUGGCAUGACCACAUCCUUGGCUAUGGCUCCCACCACCAUUUUGGGAUAUUUCACGGGUCCCACUUGGAGCCAAUGGGAGGAAACCUAAUUUCCUGCCACAGGAAAUAGUUCGGCUGGUGAAGAAUAUAUUUAAGGAUUAAAACCUCUGUCAGACGAGCUGGAAAGGGUUGCUGGAGAAAGACGUGGAGGUCUCUCAUCAGGAAGCCACUGGGUGUGUGAAGAGAUCUCCAUCCUAAACGGGGAGGAGGCCCAAAGGCCAGUUCCUGGGACUGUGCUCUUAGCCUCAGCAAGUCCCUGGAUGGCCGACUGCAGGUGUCCCAUCGGAAGGGGCUCCCCCAUGUCAUCUACUGCCGCCUGUGGCGAUGGCCUGACCUCCACAGCCACCACGAGCUGCGGGCCAUGGAGCUAUGCGAGUUCGCCUUCAACAUGAAGAAGGACGAGGUCUGCGUGAAUCCCUACCACUAUCAGAGGGUAGAGACCCCAGUUCUACCUCCUGUGCUGGUGCCACGCCACACAGAGAUCCCGGCCGAGUUCCCCCCGCUGGACGACUACAGCCAUUCCAUCCCCGAGAACACUAACUUCCCCGCGGGCAUCGAGCCCCAGAGCAAUAUUCCAGAAACCCCACCCCCUGGCUACCUGAGUGAAGAUGGAGAGACCAGUGACCACCAGAUGAACCACAGCAUGGAUGCAGGUUCUCCAAACCUAUCCCCGAAUCCGAUGUCCCCAGCGCACAACAAUUUGGACCUGCAGCCUGUCACCUACUGCGAGCCAGCCUUCUGGUGCUCCAUUUCCUACUACGAGCUGAACCAGCGCGUCGGGGAGACCUUCCACGCCUCCCAGCCCUCCAUGACCGUGGACGGCUUCACUGACCCCUCCAACUCGGAGCGCUUCUGCCUGGGGCUGCUCUCCAAUGUCAACAGGAACGCGGCUGUGGAGCUCACACGGAGGCAUAUCGGGCGAGGCGUGCGGCUGUACUACAUCGGAGGGGAGGUCUUCGCCGAGUGCCUCAGUGACAGCGCCAUCUUUGUCCAGUCUCCCAACUGCAACCAGCGCUACGGCUGGCACCCAGCCACCGUCUGCAAGAUCCCGCCAGGAUGCAACCUGAAGAUCUUCAACAACCAGGAGUUUGCCGCCCUCCUGGCUCAGUCUGUCAACCAGGGCUUCGAGGCGGUCUACCAGCUGACCCGGAUGUGCACCAUCCGCAUGAGCUUCGUCAAAGGCUGGGGAGCAGAGUACAGGAGACAGACAGUGACCAGCACCCCCUGCUGGAUUGAGCUGCACCUGAAUGGGCCGUUGCAGUGGCUUGACAAGGUCCUCACCCAGAUGGGCUCCCCAAGCAUCCGCUGUUCCAGUGUGUCUUAGAGACAUUGGGUGUGAAGGGGGAGGGUGGGAAGGGACGGGCUUGGGGGAAGAAGGCCGUGUAGGACGUGGAGAAAAUUGGAACUCAACUCACUAUUGUCAAUGAAGAAGUUUUUCUCCCUCGAUCAAGGCGGCACCAGCCUGUUUUCCAAAACACAAAAGCAGACCCAGAGAUGGAUCUUAGAACAGCCGUGUCUGCUGAACACAUUUGCCCUUUGGCCCCAGUUUGGAGGGCAAGAAAUGGCUUCUGCUCUGGUGGCUUGAGCAAACAGGUAGUAUUUCACCACCUGCCCCCUCCUCCCAGCCUCCUUCUGUUUCAAUGACCGCAAUCUAGGAUGUCACUGUCCAACGGGAAAUGGCCCUCGUUUCCGGACUGGAGUGUGAAACUCACCUUGGGUGUUCUAGGUAGAGUAGAGCCUGCAGGGCCAUGAGCAAACCUCAGGCCUGGCCCUCUGGCACUUUUAACAAAGGCUUCAACUGAGCCUUCCUGAGCUCCAGCACUCCGGCAGACCCCGCACCCCGGGAGCUGGACUGACUUGUGGCGGGGAGGGGGCUCGUCUGUCUCCUCUCCUCUCCGAGCGGACGGAUACGUGUGAGCCGGUGUGUUCAGAGCAUGCACACAGGCACAGUGGGGAAAGAUGGUGAGACACCUCCUCUCUCAAGUUUGUCCUUUCUCACUUUGAACGGGUGUGAGAUCUGCCGGGGCUUCUGCAAUGUAUAGAACAUCUUCUCGCGUUGAUCUCAGAGAUGUGAAUUACACAAAGUGCUCACACAAAGCAGGAGGCAGCCGUCCCAUCGCAGUGUUUUGAGCGUGGGUCUCCAGUCAUCUGUAAGAGCUCGCUUGCUAUCCUUCUGCAUCCGGCUAUCUCGGUUUACGUAGUCAGUUGCGCUAAGUAAAUGAGCUUUAUCGUAUGCUCGUUUAAAUGUUUAUUUUAUAUUAAAAAAAAAAAUCCUGGUUGGCACACUGACUGGGAAACCAGCGUGGGGCCCAGCAACCUCUCUCUCAAGGUGAAGCUGUUCCAGGUUUUGUUGAGAAGACACCUGCCAACAGCACUUUUGGAAACUGAAAUUAACAGAAGCAAAUUCACCAGAAGUGAAAAAUCUCAGGCCAACACAGGCAAAUGAAAAGGGCUAUUAAAAUUGUUUUUUCUUUUUUUGUUUUACACCUUUGAAAACUGCAGGCUUGGUGCACAGAGGUCUGCCAUCCUCCCCCUGGGAUGUAAGAUUAUCUAGCUCACAGUAGAGGAUCAUCAGUGACGACUAUAGCAGCUAUAUUGUAUAAUAAGUACUGUUCCCAGUGGCAAUUAGUGAGAAAAUGGUUAUAAAUUAUUGCAACUGGAAAAAAAAAAAAAAGCUCUCCUUUUUACUGGCCUUUUGCAGAAUCCAGCAGACAGAAUUGCCACUUGCAAUUGGUACUUUAUUCCUUGUUGCUGUUUUUGUAUGAAAUGACUUACCCCGUAUUUUUGCAUGGAUUUCUACCAGGAAAAGUGAAGGGAUUUCCUAUGGAAGUCCUGUCUUCUUCCAGGUGAAGGGGAGAAAGUGUACACUUCUGGCAGGUAAAAACCUCAAAUGUGAUGACAUUUCUGAUGCCUUACGGAGAUGUUGGGGGCUUCCUGGUGCCUCCCCGGCCGGAUCCUAAUGCCUCUGCAGCUCUAGCCUUAUGGUUUCCAGGUAGGAGAGCUGCCGUCCAAGCUCCCUGAGGACACAGGAAGAGAUGGGAGGAGCACCUUGCCAGACCUACGCUUGGCUUUGCCCGGGGCUUGUUGACACAGAACCCAGAGACCACACAAAACCCCUGUCGACCUGAGAGGGUCAAAUACUGCAGGUCGGAAGUUUGCCUGCUGUGCAAUGAUCUGUGGACUGCUGCUUCCAGGAAGCUCUGAACCUCCUGGAUGUGCAUGCACGCUCCGGGUCAGGUCUGAGACUCGUGGUGUGGAAUAUCCCAUUUUGGCCUCUGCUGGUGCAAUCGUGCCCUUCCUAAGAGCCAGGGCGGCGGUUCCCGAGGGCCUGAGUUCUCUACCUGCUCCACGAUCCUCUGAGGACUUCCUCUGGCACACAGCUGUCCUCCAGUUACUCGGGAACUAGCUUCAGGUACAGCACAACCUCGGCGACCCAGUGGCUAUGCAUGGAUGGGGUCUUACAACCCGUGAUGUUCAGAGCUGAAGGCUACUUUUAGGAGGCAUGAAGUUUUAGUUUUGUGUUUCUCCAAAAGCUCACUCGGCCCCUCUUCUUUAUAGACUGCUCCUUGGAGGAGGAUGUGAAAGGAAAAUGUAGGUAAGUCCCCCUCUGGACGAAAUUCAGCCCUACCCAGAGGUGAAGACCCUUCCCGUCACAGAGGCUGCCUAGGUGCUUUAGGCUUGUGUAAUAUUAGCGUCCUUCCUUUAAGUCACAAAGCUUGUUUUCUGAAUUUGAAGAACCCGUUGUCUGAAUGGCAUUUACAUGUUAAAAUCUUUUUAAAGGACAGUUGAAGGGGGGCAAGAGAAAACAGGGCAGUCUAGUGGGGGUGGAGGGCAGGUUUAAGCGUAGGUGUCUGGGCUCCCCUCCAAGUUGUCUUCACCUUGUGGCUCGUGCUGCCGCUGACCCGAGCCACCAGCACCGGGGUGGAGAUCCUCGGCUGCACCCCAGACCCCCCGAGCCAACGUCUGUUCUCUUCCCUUUCCUCCCCCACCCCCCUUCCUAACUGUAUUUAGUAACUUUGGUCCUUCCAGCACAAGCAAACGUAGGUAGCUGCCCCAGCAGGUUCGGGUUACAGGCCUGUGCUGGAACAUCAUCUCAGUUGGCCACUUUCCUGGCAGGCUGUAGACGAUCUGACAUUUUGAGACGAGCCUAGAGUCCGGAGCGGGGACUUUGACUCUCAGGAAGCACACACGAGGGCAAGGCUGCUGGCAGACUUUCCCGUCAUCCUGAUGUUGUCUUUUUUGGGUUUUUUUUGACCGUGGUGAUAAUUUUUUUUUAAAUCAUUAACGUAUUGGAAUGAGCUGUAGCACGUUACCUUGUGCUUAGUUUUUUUUCUCCAUCUUCCUUUGGCUUCCUAGUGCUUGGACAUAUUCCAGGGCUAAGUGCUUUUACUCAGAGCGCAGGAAAAGGCUUUCUUUAGGUAGUAUGUGCAUGCAUGUAUGUAGUCUGGGCAGAAGGCAGAUAGGGUUUCAUCCUUAGCCCCAAGCUGCCCUUUCUGAAGCUCCGGGAAGGUCUCCGUAGGGCCAGGUCUCGCCUCAGGCCACUCUCUGAAGUCCUUAAAAGGAGAGGGAGGAAAAGGAAUCAGGGGACUGUUUCCAAGGGGGUUACUGGUACCAAGAGCAGGCAUGAGUUGAGUUCUGGACUCUGUGGGAUUUUAAGUGGCAGAGUGGGGAGUUUUCCCCCAAAUCUGUGUCUGUCCUCGCUUUACUAGAAGAAAGCCUCAACACAGCUGCGGCGUACCAUUUUUCUUUUUGUGUCAUGAAUGUUCCCUUCUAGAUCAUCCUUUUGAGGAAUAUCGGCUACUUCUCAAGAGGGUGGGAAAGCAAAAAAAAAAAAAAAAAAAAAAAAAAGACACAAGAGGAUAUGGUUCCCACAUGACAGGGAGGCAUCCCUGGUGGAGGGGUGGCAGUCAGUGGGGAAAGGACUUUUCAGAAACACAGCUCUCACGUAAACUCGCCUAUUGUGUGAACUGGAUUGAGCAAUGCUCUCAGUGAUUCUGUAACUUUUUGUUAUGCUGAAGUAUAAUGUACACUCUGGCAUUCUGGUGUUUUUAUAUUUAUGUAAUAACUUCUUAAAACCAUUCAAGACCGAGAACUAUUUAAUUUUUUGAAGCAAGUUGGAAAGGUCUCUCCUCCCAAGGACUGACUGUGGCUGGGAAGAGUCGGGGGCCCAGCGGUUCAGCCUCCAGAACCGACCGCCCCCCCCCCCCCCCCCCCCCCGGGCAGGCCACCGGCGAGGCAGCGAUCCCGAUCCCUGGGUCCCCUCCAGGCCCUUUGGGGUGGUGAGAACUUGACGCAGAGGGUUAGAGCCAGAGCCCCCUCCCUGCUGCUGUGUCGAGGCGGUCCCGGACUCUGGUGGGGUGUAUCAGGGUGGGGGGACAGAGCGGGGAGGCUGUGAUUACCUUCACUUCUCAGCCAGCCUGACCUUUUAAUACCUUUGUAAAAAGCAUGUAUGUAUUUAUAGUGUUUUAGAUUUUUCUAACUUUUGUAUCUUAAGAGCAGAGCACCUGUUUAAGCAUUGUACCCCUCUUGUUAAAGAUCUGUGUCCUCUCUUUCCCCUGUAAGUACCCUUCUAAUAAACUUUUCAUCGAAAAGC